AUGGUUGCCCUCGAGGCCGAUUGGCCGGACGCGGAGGCGCUGGAUCGGUAUGUCCGCCUACGACCUGGGCGCAAAGCCAAGAUUGGCGGGGGGGAUGAGUCGAAAGAAAGUGGGAAAGGAGGGGAAGAUGAGGUCUUCGAAGCCUUCAAACGCUUCCCGACCUGGAUGUGGCGCAACGCCGAGAUGCAAGAAUUGGUCGAGUGGCUGCGCACCCACAACGCCGCCCUCCCACCCAAAGACCGCGUCGGCAUCUACGGAAUGGACCUAUAUUCCCUCGGCACAAGCAUGAAAGCCAUCAUCAGCUACCUCGACUCCGUCGAUCCGGCCAUGGCCACCGCCGCGCGGAAACGCUAUGGAUGCCUCCAGCCCUGGGCCGAGGAACCGCAGGAAUACGGCCUCGAAGUCGUCCAGGGCAUGGAGAGCUGCGAGGGGAAGGUCGUCGCCAUGCUCACCGACCUCCUCUCCAAGCGACUCGAGUACGCCGCGCACCCGGGCGACGGCGAGGAAUUCCACUCCACCGAGCAAAACGCCUACGUCGUCCGCGACGCCGAGCGCUACUACAAAGCCAUGUACUACUCCUCGGCGGGAUCCUGGACGCUCCGCGACAGCCACAUGGUCGAUACGCUGCGCCGCCUGCUGAAAUUCAAGCCCGAGGGCAGCAAGGCCGUCGUGUGGGCGCACAACUCGCACUGCGGGGACGCGCGGCAUACGGCCAUGGGUCGGCGGCGCAAGGAAGUCAACAUCGGGCAGCUCUGCCGCGAGACAUUUGGGAAGGAAAAUGUCGCGCUGAUUGGGUGCGGGACGCAUACUGGGACUGUGGCGGCGGCGUCGAAUUGGGGGGAUGAUAUGCAGGUGAUGAAGGUGAAGCCGUCGAUGCGGGAGAGUUGGGAGCGCGUGGCGCAUGAGACGGGGGUGGAGAGUUUCCUGCUGGAUUUGAGGGAGAGUGUCAUGAGUCGCGAGGUGAGGGAGACGCUGGCCGAGGAGAAGAGUCGGUUGGAGAGGUUCAUCGGCGUUAUAUACCGGCCGGACACGGAGCGCGUGUCGCAUUAUUCGGCGGCGGAUCUGGUCAAUCAGUUUGAUGCUUUUGUGUGGUUUGAUGAGACGCAGGCUGUGAAGCCUCUCGAGGUCAGGCAGCCGCAUACGCCUUUGGGCGUGGGCGAGACGUAUCCGUUUGGUCUGUAA